GAAGGCAGACGCAGCCAUUUAAUUGGGAUUACUUUAAAAUCAUUCAUUUAAACAUCCAAACGUUUUUAUUUUGACGUUUGUCGACUAGACAUGCGAUAUGAAUAUACAUUUUUGUCAUUUUCAAUAGCCUAUGACAAAUCAAAUGCGCUCCCAUCGUCCGCCAGGCAGACACAUGCAAUGUGGACCUUCACCGGACAACAACACAGACUGGCUGCAAAUUACUGGGUGCUGAAUGUAAUGGAGAAAGGACAAAUGAGUCUGUUAUGUAGAAAGGAUCCUCAGAGCUCCCUGUAAGUGGGACAGAGACAUCCAUCAGGACGGACGAGAGGAGGGCUGCCUGAGGCGGAAGAGUGGCGUCGGUCAGAGAGAGAGAAGGGGUAGAAUCACCCUAGCAUCCCGCCCCUAGAAUCCCAGAGCUGGAGGCAUGUCUAACCAGACCCAGAUCUUUGGCAUUGAUGGACCAGGCAGCCUGCUGGCAGUGUUGGCUUCACAGAGGGCCAGCAGCAUCAGCACCAGCAGCAGUGAAGGAAUCUCGGCUGCAGCUGUGUCCGCCUACAUCAAGCUGGUGUUCCUGGGCCUGAUCCUCUGUGUUAGCCUGGUGGGCAACCUGCUGGUGUCUCUGCUGGUCCUCCGAGACCGGGCCCUCCACAAGGCCCCCUACUUCUUCCUGCUGGACCUGUGCCUGGCUGAUGUUGUCCGCUCUGCCGCCUGCUUCCCCUUCGUCCUGGUGUCUGUCCACAACAGCUCCGCGUGGACCUACAGCACCUUCAGCUGCAAGGUGGUGGCUUUCCUGGCUGUGCUCUUUUGUUUUCACGCUGCCUUCAUGCUGUUCUGUGUGGCUGUGACUCGCUACCUGGCCAUUGCCCAUCACCGUUUUUAUACCAAGCGCAUGACAGUCUGGACCUGCGCUGCCAUCAUCUGCAUGGUGUGGACUCUGGCCAUCGCCAUGGCAUCGCCACCCGUCUUUGACGUGGGGACGUACAAGUUCAUUCAAGAUGAGGACCAGUGCAUUUUCGAGCACCGCUACCUUAAGACCAAUGACACUCUGGGCUUCAUGCUCAUGCUGGCCGUCGUGGUCCUGGCCACUCACAGUUUCUACGCCAAACUCCUGCUGUUUGAAUACAAGCACCGCAAGAUGAAGCCUGUCCAGCUAGUGCCGGCCAUCAGCCAGAACUGGACCUUUCAUGGACCAGGAGCCACGGGCCAGGCAGCAGCCAACUGGAUCGCAGGUUUCGGCCGGGGCCCAAUGCCCCCCACCCUGCUUGGUAUCAGGCAGACUUUGCACAACCAGCAGCACCGGCGUUUGAUGGGCAUGGAGGAGGUGAGGACGGAAAGGAGGCUGGGCAGGAUGUUUUACAUCGUCACCCUGUUGUUCUUGGUGCUCUGGGCUCCCUACAUAAUGGCCUGCUUCUGGAGGGUGUUUGUCAAGUCCUGCUCCAUCCCACACAGGUACCUCUCCAUCACAGUGUGGAUGAGCUUCGCCCAGGCAGGGGUCAACCCUAUCAUCUGCCUCCUACUCAAUGAGGACUUGAGGAAAGUGCUGAGGGCCCACCUGCCCACCUACAACAGGACUAGACAACACCAACAGCUGCACCGCCAUGAGUUGUUGGUGUUCACCAUCACAUGAUGCACUACUGCAGGGGUGUCAAA